CACCACCACCACCUUCCUUCUCCAGCACCAUCACUGCACGGCGCCAUAUUACGCGCACGUUACACGACUGCAGAGGAGUCGAGGAAGAGGAGCGGGGAUCCAGAUGUCGUCAUCGGUGCUCAGGCCGCAGUAGCCGCCGUGGACAACAGUCGAUGUAACCGCUCUAUGUUUGACAACAAGUAACCGAACCGAACAUCUCCGGCAGCGUCGUUGUUUUCGUCGUCGUCGUCGUCGUCGUUCAGCUAACUCGCCGGGCAGACAUGAGUUCCUUGACUCAGCGGAGCUCGGGCCUCGUACAGCGGCGGACCGAAGCCUCGCGCAACGCCGCCGACAAAGACCGUCCGUCCGCCGAGGAGGACGACGAGUCCCGCCGGGGCGACGAGCUGGAGGACGACGACACCGGGGACUCUAAAGAAACGCGUCUCACUCUGAUGGAAGAAGUGCUGCUGUUAGGCCUGAAGGACCGAGAGGGCUACACCUCGUUCUGGAACGAUUGCAUCUCAUCAGGGCUGCGAGGGUGCAUGCUGAUAGAACUGGCUCUGAGGGGACGCCUGCAGCUGGAGACGUGUGGCAUGAGGAGGAAAAGUCUGCUGGCCAGGAAGGUCAUCUGUAAGUCAGACGCUCCCACAGGUGACGUGCUCCUGGAUGAAGCUCUGAAGCACAUCAAAGACACUCAGCCGCCGGAGAGCGUGCAGAGCUGGAUCGAACUGCUCAGUGGAGAGACCUGGAACCCCCUGAAACUCCACUAUCAGCUGCGGAACGUCCGCGAGCGUCUGGCCAAAAACCUGGUGGAGAAAGGCGUCCUGACGACGGAGAAGCAGAACUUCCUGCUGUUUGACAUGACCACACACCCUCUGACCAACAACAACAUCAAGCAGCGCCUCAUCAAGAGGGUCCAGGAGUCCGUACUGGACAAGUGGGUGAAUGACCCCCAACGAAUGGACAAGCGGCUGCUUGCGCUCAUCUUCUUAGCCCAUUCCUCUGAUGUGUUGGAAAACGCCUUUGCUCCGCUGCUCGACGACCAGUAUGACCUGGCCAUGAAGAGAGUGCGGCAGCUGCUGGAACUGGAGCCUGAGGGGGAGAGCAUGAAGGCCAACGCCAAUGAGCUGCUAUGGGCUGUGGUGGCCGCCUUCACCAAAUGAAGGUUCCACUGACACAGGACAGAAAGCAGUCGUGGCAUUCAUGUGGCAUUUUACGUUGGGAUAGGAAUCACAAUACUGACCCCGACAUGGUGACUUGACUUACAGUUCCCUCCUGCCUGGACUUUUGGAAUGGGCUGCCCUCUUUUCUUGUUCCCCUCUCAUCUUCAUUUUAUUUUCCCUCCCAGAGAAACUGUCCUUGUUGAUCCUUCAUGCCCCGCCCCCUCCUCCAUGUGUCCUUCAUGUCUUCACUUUUGCUAAAAAAUGGAAUGAAGCGGUUGGUGAUGAUGUGGGUGUAAACGGCUAAAAUCAAGACGUUACUUUUGAUCCUCUUUGUUUUCUAUCGGGUUUGUCUUUGAAGUUCUGAGAGGUGAAUCUCAUGCACGGCGGCGGUUAUUCAAGGAAGCAUCGCGACACACCUGAUGAAGACACGGGUGAGGAUACCUGUGAGAACACCAUCACUGUCUCACUUUGUAUCAAGUGCUGGGAGAAAAAGCAUUUGUCUUUUCUUUUUCUUUUUCUUUUGUUACGUAUCGUUGAUGCCUCUUAAAGUGAUAGCUCAGGUUUGAUGAAGUGCUGUUGUACACUGUGGAGUCGUGACUGUGCUGAGCACGCCACCAUUGUGAAGAACACGGACACUACUGAACAUGGCUGCCAGCAGGACGUGGAUCUCACCGUUAAACAGCCUGUAACAGUUUGUUUUGCUUUGUAAACGCUCGGCGUCCACAGAGAGAAUCAGACGUUUUGUUGUGCGCCCCCUGCUGCCUGUGACACGUCACGGUUUCACAUUAACCAAGAGUAGACCAGCAGCUCCCACACAAUAAACAUGCUGAUUUUUCUCUCUGGAGUUCACGGUUUACAAACUUCACUUUGUCGACCUGUGUGAUUCAGUGGCGGACAUAUUGUCAUGAUGCCUCAUCGACUACCUUGGACUACAACUGCCUUUGAAAACCCCUGAACUAUCCCUUAAAUCCAUCCCAUCCAUUAUGAAUAUACCCUUCUGUGUGAGGACAUAGUGGGACACUGUCGUGGUUCACGUGGCCUGUUCAUUGGUUGAUAAGUCACAUGACCUACACGGUGUAAAGCAGGUUUUGGACAUGAUUAUUGUCUUGCUGUGAUGUGACGUGUGAACCACUGAGCCACCGUGAACCCCUGACAGUUUGGUUGUACACUAGAUGAUUUAUUUGUAAUGACUUAAUGUUCUACAAACACGUGAUGAGUUGUCACUACUCACAAUUACAGAGAUUUGGGAGAAAAAAUGAACUUAAAAUCUUCAGUGAAAAUCAAAUCAUGGUACACAUUAUGAACACUUUGUGGCUGAUAUAAAUACAAGGUAUCGUGAAGCCUUCGGGAGGCUAAUGGAAUCUGUUGAUUUUAUUGUCAAAACAUGAAUUAGCUUGAGCCAUAAAAUGAAGAUAAAAAUGUUGAUCAUUUCUUCCUCAAAUGUUUUAUUUUCUUUACAAACCAAAGAUAUUUUCACACUCUUCAAUAUUAAAAUUCUGAUCAACCCUAUUCUGAUUCAAACGUAAAACACUUUAAGGACUUCAUUUGUUGAAAUAUUUGAAUUUAAAGGUGAAUUCAACAGAAAGAUCUGCUUUAAAACAGAUUGUAUUUGUGUCAUAACGUCUAAAAAUACAUGAAAUCGCGUCAUUUCUGGAAGAGUCUCAAUGUUACUGUUAGUGCUGGGACCAUAUGCUUUUGUCAUGCUUAGUUUGUAUCUUUUUACUUCAAACCAUUAUUGAAUGUUAAAGUUCUUGAGUCCGUAACCCACGAGUUAUUCUGCCAACCAUCUAAACUGAGUGGGACGGUGAGACAUAGCUGCUGUAGUUAGCUGCUCAUGCUAAUAAUAAAGCAAAUACAAUCAGGCUAAGUAGAAAAGAAAGUCUAAUGUACACCUGUGUUCUGGAAGUGAUGAAGAGUAGUGAUGAAAUGUGAAUG